AUGGCGUUCUUGAAGAUUGUGACCGGUAUCUCCCCCGGCAAGACCUUCGAUCUGCUGAGCGACGAGUCGGUCAUCGGCCGCAGUUCCGACUGCGAGAUCGCGAUCGACGUCGCGGCGGUCAGCCGUCGGCACGCGUCGGUGCUGCGGGAGCGGGGGCAGUUCCUGCUGAAGGACCUUGGCAGCCGCAACGGCACGCAGCUCAACGGCCAGGCGGUCGUGGCGCCGACGCCGCUCCGCGAGGGCGACCAGGUGACGGUCUGCGACCAGGAGUUCGUCUUCCACGCCAACGCGCCCAACAGCCUGCUGGGGGGCGACACCACCUACCUGGGCGACGAGUCAUCCCUGGCGCAGCUGGUCAACGACCCUGACGAGAACGCGGGCGCCAACGUCAUGGCGACGCUCGAUCUCGGGCCCGGGUCGAAAAGCUGGUCGAUGUCCGCGAAGCCCGAGGUGAAGCUCGCCGCCCUGGUGGAGAUCUCCAACAGUUUGGGCAAGGCGUUUUCGGUGGAAGAGAUCUUGCCGAAGUUGUUGGAGAGCCUGUUCAAGAUCUUCGUGCAGGCCGACCGCGCGUUUGUGGUCAUGCGGCCCGCGCCCGACGCGCCGCUGGUGCCGGUGUCCUGGCGUUGCCGCCGCAAGGCCGACAAUGAAGAGGCGCCGCGGCUCAGCCGCACCAUCGUGGAAAACGCCAUGAACUCCAAGCAGGCGAUCCUGUCGGCCGACGCCGCUUCCGACGAGCGGUUCGGCAUGGCCCAGAGCAUCGCGGAGUUCGAGAUCCGCUCCAUGUUGUGCGCGCCGAUGAUCGACUCGGACGGCAACUCACUGGGCGUCAUCCAGGUCGACACGACCAACCAACGCAGUCGCUUCAUGGACGAGGACCUGGAGGUGCUGGCCGGCGUCGCGUCGCAGGCGGCGGUUGCGAUGGACAACGCGAUUAUGCACGAGCAGGUCGUCGCGCAGCGGGCGCUGCAACGCGACCUGGAGCUGGCCGCCCGCAUGCAGCGGGCGCUGCUCCCCUCGCGCGCACCGGAGGCGGAGGGUUACGACUUCUUCUCUUACUACGAGUCCGCCCGCCAGGUCGGCGGCGACUACUACGACUACAUCCAGCUGCCCGACGGCCGGUUCGCGGUGAUCGUUGGCGACGUGGCCGGUAAGGGCGUGUCGGCGGCGAUCCUGAUGGCCCGCCUGUCGAGCGACGUCCGCUUCACCCUGGCCAGCGAGCCGGACCUGGCGAAGGUGGUGAUGCGGGUCAACAAGCUCUUCGCGCAGCAGGGCUGGGACGACAAGUUCGUCACCAUGAUCUUCGCCGUGGUCGACCCCAGAACGCACGAAAUGACUAUGGUCAACGCCGGGCACAUGGCGCCGCUGCUCCGCAGUGCGGGCGGGAUGAUUGAGGAGAUCUCGGAGGAGAUCUCCGGCCUGCCGAUCGGCGUCUACGAGGACUACGAGUACGAGUCGCUGACCCGCACGCUCGCCGCCGGCGACGUGCUGACCGUCUUUACCGACGGAUUCAGCGAGGCGAUGAACUCCGACCGCGACCUCUACGGGCUGGAGCGGCUGGCCAAGGUCGCCGCGGCGGACGCGGCGAACGUCAGCGAGCUGGGGCAGCACAUCCUGGAGGACGUGCGGUCGUUUGUGGACGGCUUCGCCCAGAGUGACGACAUGUGCCUGGCCUGCUUCGGCCGCAACCCCGCCAAUCCAUCCCCGGCGGAGCUGCCGACGGCGGUCGUUGUCUUCGAUGGCGGCCGCCCCCACCUGCGAGAGCGGGCCGAGGCCCUACUGCCCGAGCUCCAACGCUACUUUGCGAUCACCUCGGUGCAGGACGACCUGGACGAGGUGUUCCACCCGGAGGGCGCCCAGUUCGCGGUCACCCUGGGAGGCGACGGCACCAUCCUCCGCACCGCAAAGCUGAUGGCGGACCAGCAGCUGCCGGUAGUGGGGGUGAACCUCGGCAACCUGGGGUUUCUGGCAGCCCUGCAACCCGAGCACCUGGACGCCGCACUCCCGGAGCUGGCCGCCGGACGGCACACGCUGAUUGACCACCUGAUGUUCGAGUGCGAGCUGGUCGACGGCCAAGGCAGUUCGACCUCGCGGCUUGGCCUGAACGAGGUCGCGGUGCUGGCCGGGCCGCCGUUCUCGAUGCUCGAGGCCGAACUCUACGUCGACGGCGACCUGGUCGCAACCUACAACUGUGACGGGCUUAUUAUCAGCACGCCCGUGGGCUCCACCGCCCACAACCUGGCCGCCGGCGGUCCGAUCCUCCGCAAGGACCUGCAGGCCUUUGUGAUUGCGCCGAUCAGCCCGCACACCCUGACCAACCGCCCGGUGGUCGAUUCGGCAGACCACGUGUACGAGGUCGUGGUUCCGAAGCCCAAUGACGGCACCGCGUUGCUGGUCGAUGGUCAGGUGGUGGGACCCCUCACCCCGGGCCACCGGGUGAGGGUCAAGCGGAGCCCGUCGGUGUUCCAGCUAGUGGAGGUCAGCGGCCAAAGCUACUACAAGACGCUGCGCCACAAGCUUGGCUGGGGCCGCCGGCCGCGCGACCCGCAGGACGACGGCGGCUGCUAG